AUGUCCGUAACGUUCAGAUCGGCGUCAACUCGUCGUCAAAAAAUUCAUCUAUCUUCAGUUGAAGAAACAAUUUGCGAAGAACCGGAUGAUUUGGAUUUGCGCCUUUUCGAUUGGUAUAAAGAAUCGUCAGAUUCGUAUUCAGCGGAAAUAAUUGAUGAGGAUUGGAUUCCCAUGUUUCCAGAGCCAGAUAUUUGUAAAAAAUUACCAGAAACAGGUAUAGACACUUCAACAAUGCAACGAUCACUUUGCCCAUGGCAGUGGAGAUUAAAUCAUGACGAGCAUCGCGAACCGAAAAUCUUAUCCGAAGCAUAUUGCUUAUGUCGAAAAAGUCGAGGAGUCUCCGGUGCAUUUUGUAUGCCAAUAAAAAGAGAAGUUGCCGUAUUGAGGAGGAUUCUGUGCAAUCCUAUAACAGGUCACUAUGAAUAUGUUCGUGAAAUGCAAACUAUAACAGUUGGCUGCCAUUCAGUUUUGCCGAGAACUCAAUUCGCUUCAUCUAUUGGUGAACACUAUUCAGUUCUCUUUAAUAGAGAAAUCUAA